AUGCACCUCACGCCGUUUACAGUCUCCCACUUCGGCUUACCUUUCACAGGAUGGAAGGCGCGCUGGAAGAAUUUUGUGGUGCGGAAGGGCUGUGGUGAUAGCUUUGGUGGUGUUCGAGGGACACAUCACAGUAGCGCAAACAUUACAAUAAGGUACACCGGAACACAGCAAGAGGGCCAGUCAGGCGAUUCAUUAGACGUGCCUCAGACCCCGCGACGUACCCAACCUCUCGUUAUUCUGAACAUAAUUGCGUCGACUAACGGAAUUAUACCUUACCACGCGUCUCUGAGUGGCGGCAAAGGCUGGGCCGGGGCGCAGAUGGUCCGCUGGUGUGCUGCUAUUGAUAUUGGUGCGCCUGUCACUUUGAACCUGGACUUGCGAGAGGGCGGCGACAAGCAGGAGUUCGUGGACCCAGUGGUGAAGGGCCGGGUGAGGUCAGAGGUCACGGGCGGCCACCUAACUCUCAGUCCCCUCAAGGGCGAAGACUCCGGCAGGUACAAGUGUCGUGUGGACUUCGAGGUGUCACCCACGCUCUUCGCCUACGUCAACCUCACGGUGUAUGUGGUGCCCUCCAGGUUGAUGGUUGUGGGCAGCGACAACAAGGCGGUGGCAGCAGGACUCCUGGGGCCUCUGACGGAAGGCGACGCGCUCACCCUCUACUGCAUCGCCCUUGGAGGCUGGCCCGCCCCUGAGGUGACCUGGUGGCGCGGGUCAACACUGCUCGCCAAUAACAGCCAGUUGACAGGGUACGACAAGGAUGCCCUCGCCACCUUCCCAGCCCCGCCGCCGCCGUCAGCGAGUGAAGGUCAGGUGAGCACCAAGCUGAGCAUUCCGGCACUCACCAGGGACUACGUGCAGGCCAACCUCACCUGCCGCGCUGUCAACAACAACAUCACGGCGCCGCUCUCCACCUCGCUGGCCCUCCUGCUGCACCUGCGGCCUAGGACUGUGGACAUACGCGUACCCAAGGCUCCUCUUGUGGCCGGACAGGAGACGAGGUUGGAGUGUUUGGCGGUCGGAGCAUAUCCAGCAGCCACUCUCACCUGGACCAAGACUCUAAACGGCGUCUCCACCACACUACACGCCCCUUCCCGUCACGUCGGAGAGAAAACGUGGUCUUACCUGACGGUGGUGCCCAAAGCGGGGGACCACCAGGCCACGCUCACCUGCACCGCCCGGAACCCCAACAUCUCCCACCCAGGCCUCACCACCUCCACCAAGCUCACCGUCGUUUUCGCGCCGCGGGUGGAGCUUCGUCUGGGCGCAAAUCUCGGGGAGCAGCCCAUCACGGAGGGCAGGGACGUUUACUUCGAGUGUGACGUUACCUGCAACCCGCCGGCGAGGGAGGUCAUUUGGACGAAAGACAACGAGCGAGUGACCAGCAAGCGAAAGGAAGGGAUCUUGGUGUCCGACAGAAACCUGGUGUUGCAAACUGUCCGCCGCUCCUCCGCUGGCAACUACACCUGCACCGCCACCAACACCCAGGGCUCCACCACCAGCAACGCCCUGGAUCUCGACAUCAUGUACUUGCCGGUGUGCAAAGAUGGGCAGCAGACGGUGGCAGUGGCGGAGGGGGAGAACACCCGCCUCUCCUGCAGAGUGGAUGCGCGGCCCAAUGACGAUCUCUCCUUCACGUGGUUCUUCAACAACAUGGACACCGUGGAGGUCGAUCACCACCGGUUCUCGGUCCUACCCGGCCUCAGCGUGCUCGAUUACACGCCAAUGUCUGCGCGGGAUUACGGCACGCUGUCCUGCUGGGCCACCAACACCGUGGGCAUGCAGGUGGAUCCGUGCAGGUUCGCUGUGGUUGAGGCAGGGCCUCCAGAGCGGGUGGCGAACUGCGUGCUGGUGAACCUGACAGUGGGCACUCUGGAGGUGGGCUGCAUCCCGGGCAACGACGGAGGGCUGCCACAACACUUCGUGGCGCGGGUGUACGCAGCCCCGACGCAGGCUCUGCUGGCCACGCUGGAGGAGCCUGUGCCGAGGUUCCACGUGAGUGGUCUGACGCCUGGCCAAGACUACCUCAUCACCGUGACAGCCGUGAACGCUAAGGGGGCGAGUGACCCUGAGGAGAUUGAUGCUGUCCGCCUGAAGGUGGCCGAGAAGCGGAUGGUAGAGGUCACGCCAGCUCCUGUGUCUCCCCUGGUGGGCGUGUUCCUAGGACUAGUGGGUGGCUUCGUGUUUCUCCUGCUGGCGGGCGUAUUUCUCUCCAGGGGCCGAUAUCACAGAUGUAGGUGUUGGGGUCACCACCAGGCGACGGAGGACACCACGAGGAGCUCCCCUCCACCCAGUACGACCACCACUACCACCACCACCACGCCCACCACGCACGCACGUACUGUUUCCCUCCAAGGGCAGGAAAGGAGAGCAGCCCCAGACGUCUUACGAACGAUUAAUGCUCAACUUUUGGAGAGUGACAUAUGCCCCGAGAUUAUGUCAGCGCGUGUCCCGCCGCCCCCCUAUACACGCACGCAGCCGGCGGUGGUGCGGGAGUCCCCAGCCACGACCACGUCAGCGGGACGGUCGCCCAGCCCGAUACUGCUGCCCCACCAUGAGAGCUUCGUCUAGUCUCCUCGACCACCCGCGUCACGCCUGGAACGCCUAGAGGAGGAAAAGCAACACAGGUUGUCUCCAAGUGCAAUACAGGAGGAAGAAAACUGCAACAGAACCUAGUUGACGGCCACUUCCUCUCUUGCUCGUUCAAGGAUCCUCAGAAAACACGAAGCUGAUCUACUCCUACGAGUCUCAUGGAGCCAGGCAGCAUCUAGCUGCCGUGUGCUCGCAUCCGGCCCGGAGCGAGGUGAAGAGAGUCAGCAAUACCCCGCCCCUACCGCUGCCAACCGCCGCCCCUCUACCCAUAUCCGUGAAGGGAACACUUCAAACAGUAUUUAGGGACACAGAGAUAUCGAUUGUUUUCCUACUGGUUCAUCUGGCCCAUGUGGUGCAGACUUGAAGGUGUGAGGUCCCUGGCCGGCCCUGAAUGGCGGAGAGCUGUGCAGAGUUGGGUGCUGUGGGUGGGUGGGUGUGUGUGCCGAGCGGGGCGGGAGUGAAGGCCCCACCAACCACUUGCCAGGGUAGGUAUCUGUGUUACUGUUGUUAGUCGGUAUGAUUCACGUCACUUUUUUAUCACUACAUGUCAAGCCAAGUAAGUCUGUGUCAGGGAAACCACAGGAACGGGAAACACGAAUAGGAGAGCGAGGGCAACGCACUCGCUCUUCGGUUCCUACCUGAGCCACACACUUCGGAAUAAUAACAGGAAACUUCCACACAACCUGAACGACUCCUAAGACGGAUGUACUGUUUAUCUUCCGCAAGGUUCAAUGUAACUCCAGUGCUGUUAUAGUUUGGUGGUGAUGCGCUCAGACUUUUUUUUUCGUACAUUUCGGUGAGAAGCACAUCGGUCUGUAUUGGUAGCAAGGUGGUCACCACACACACGGCGGGGUCUCACCAGCCCCCCAGGAAGCCUGCACGUGGACAGGUCCCCCCGUUGGGAUUCCAGCGCCCGGGGGAACAACGUGACAUCGAUUCUUUUCUCCUUGCGUUGUCUUUUUUCCAGUACGAACAGGAGAGGUGUGAACUUCCCCGAAAAGUUAAUGUGGUGUAUUUUUUUACAUUAAUGUUUAUUUGUAAUAUACUCAGCAACCAUAAUCUCCACCAUAAUAUUUGUGUGAUGUAUGUUUUCUCAACCGUCCCCAUAUUUGUGGACUUGUUUUCCUUAUUUCUGUUUUACAUUCUUCGUAUUUAUCAAAGUCAAACUCUAGUGUCGCAGCCACUUCCUGCCCGCCGAGGCUGCCAUCACCAGGCAGCCGCCGCCGGUACGUGUAGGUCUGGAUGUUUGUAUGUAAUUUUUGUAAAUUCUUAUGUGAUUAUGGCCGAAAUAGCAGCUAUAUGUAUAUUUUAUAUAAUAAAAGCAAAUUUAUUAA